UACACAUCCAGAUCAGAUUGGUUGGCAGCUGUGGAGCAGUCAAAUAAAUUACAAACCGAAUACAUUUUCUUUAUUUUUUUUUUCAUGCGAGAACAAGAGUUUUAGAAAUUUAGAAUUUUUAGAGUAACGGUUUGGGAAUUGCAAAAUUUACGUGAAUGUUGAGGACCCUCCAGCCGGUGCGCUUCCUGGCCAGCUACGGCUCCAGGUUCACGUACCAGAGCCACCCGAUGUCGAAUCCCCGGCUCGAGAACCACUACCAGGUGCUGAACGUGCCCGUGGGCUCCAGCGAGCGGGAGAUCAAGCGGGCCUUCAUCGAGCUGUCGAAGAAGUACCAUCCAGAUGCGAAUAGCCAGACGCGCGACUCGGAGGUCUUCAUGCGGAUCUGCGAGGCCUAUCAGACGCUCCAUCGGCACAAUUCCCGCCAGAUCUACGACUCCCGGCUGCGGAUGCAACACCAAAACUCCUCUGCGCCGGAAACCACAUUUACGGGCAGGCAUGUCUAUACGGUUUGGUCGCAAUAUCAGUCCGCCGUGCGAAACAAGCAGAUGGGCAGGGGCGGUUCCAGGCGUUUCGGGGCCGUAAAGCCCAUCGUCUUCAGAGGAAAGGUGGUGAACAAGUGGCUGCCCAUGCGAAUGACCUUGGCUGACCUGCAAAGGGUGGGUUUCCAGGACGAAUACUCCUUCCCCAAUAGCCCCAUCUUUUACCUAUACCUUGUGGGAUUCUGCCUGGUGGGCGGUCUGGUUAUAGUGGAUGUGAUCAGCCGAUUUCAACAGCAGCCAACCGAAGAGAAAAGCAGUGAACACAAAGAACAAUGGUAUCUGGAUCCUGUGGCCUCAACAGAAACACAUUCAAACACCACAACAACCAUCCAUCCACCUGCCUAAUUUUGUUUUUCUGUCCAAUCAGCGGCACCUCAUGCAUAUGCAUGGGACCCUGCCUUCGCGUGUACUCCCUGGUCUCGUUUGAAAGAAAAAUAUAUAAAUCUGUUCGUUAA